AUGCUGGGGGCCCGGGCGCUGCGCUGGGGUCUCCCUGCACGGCGCGCCCCGAACGGGGCAAGGCCCCAGCCGGCCCGAGUCCCUCUGUGCGGCCGCCGCCUGGGGAGUUUAGCCGGUUGCAGCCUGGCGGCAGCCGGGCCCCAACCACAGCUGGAUAAGUUUGGCGGCGUAACCGUGCACCUGGCUCAGCUUCACACGCCAGACAGCCUGGACCAAGUCACCUUCCAGAGAUGGCUACAGGAGUCUGUCAAGCAAUGGAGAGCAGAAGGCAGAAUAGCAGUCUGGCUGCACAUUCCUAUUCUCCAAAGCAAAUUUAUAGCCACUGCUGCUUUGCAGGGCUUUACUUUCCACCAUGCAGAAUCAGACUCAUCCACGCUGACCCUGUGGCUAGGAGAAGGGCACAGCAGGUUACCAGGGUAUGCCACACAUCAGUUAGGAGUGGCAGGUGCUGCAUUGGAUGUAGACACUGGAAAAGUAUUGGUUGUACAAGACAAAAAUAAAACUACAAAUGCAUGGAAAUUUCCAGGAGGCCUGUCAGACCCAGGUGAAGACAUUGGAAACACAGCAGUUCGAGAGGUUUUUGAAGAGACUGGCAUUAAGUCAGAGUUCAAGUCCCUCUUAAGCAUAAGGCAGCAACAUAGGCACCCCGGAGCCUUUGGGUUAUCAGAUAUGUAUAUCAUCUGUCGCCUGCAGCCUUCCUCAUUCAACAUCAGCUUCUGCCAGCAGGAAUGCUUGAGGUGCGAAUGGAUGGAUCUUGAGGAACUUGCCAAGACCAAAGACACUACUCUCAUCACCAGCAGUGUAGCUAAACUGCUACUUUAUGGAUACAGAGAAGGGUUUGAUAAGAUUGAUAUAACCAUGAGAGAAUUUCCAGCUGUUUACACAGGCCUAUUUUAUAAGCUGUACCAUAGGGAGCUGCCAGAUACUUAUAAAAACAUGACAGAAUUCUAA